CUAACCCUCCCCGCCUCCUCUCCCGCAGGACAUCCACGCCAAGCACGGCAUCCCUCAGAUGGACAUGCAGGCGAUGCAGGACCUGCGGGCGGCGUGCGAGCUGUCCAAGCGCAAGCUGUCGUCCCUGGCCGAGGCCUCGACCACGCUCUUCUUCUCGCGGUACGACAUGCGCUACACGGCCUCCAUCACCCGGGCGCGCUUCGAGGACCUCUGCGCGGACCUGUUCAACAAGACGAUGCUGAUCAGCAAGCGGGUCCUGAACGCGGCGCAUCUGCAACCGGGCGACGUGGACGAGGUGGUGCUGGUGGGCGGCUCCACCCGCAUCCCCAAGGUGCGCUCGCUGUUGUCGGCGAUGUUCGGCGGCCGCGAGCUCCGCCAGUCCAUCAACCCGGACGAGGCCGUGGCGUACGGCGCGGCGGUCCGGGCCGCCAUGCUGGCGGGCGACGCCGAGCUCAACAACCUGGUCAAGCUCAAGGACGUGACGCCUCUGUCGCUCGGCACCAACAUCAUCGGCGGCAGGAUGAGCGUCAUCAUCCCCAGGAACAGUCCCAUACCCUGCCAGAGGACGGAGACUUACUACACUGUCGACGAUUACCAGGACGCCAUGAACUUCAAGGUUUACCAGGGCGAGCGCACGAUGCUCAAGGACAACCACUACCUCAACAAAGAGUGCAGGGUCCCCGUGCCCCCCAUGCCUGCCGGGCAGGCCAAAUGCGACGUGACGUUCAAGAUAGACGCGGACGGCCUGCUCACCAUGACGUGUACGGAGCGGUCAACAGGCCAGCAGCGGGAGGUGAACGUCAAGCGGUCCGAGGCCGCGCUCGGCCAGAGGGACAUCGACGCUAUGAUCUCCAGGGCGGAGGAGUUCCGGAGGCAGGACCAGGAGGAGGCGGCGAGAGUCGUCCGCGACCUGCGCCGGCAGGGGCGCUGGGUGUAGGCCGGCAGGGUCUCUGUCGAGGAGUCGCGACCGCCCCGGUGGAAAAUGUUUUUUUUUCUUUUGAAGAAUGAAAUGGGCUUCUUCCCCACUUAUGUUUGUUUUCGUGUGACUGUGCUAGGGCUUCAAAGAAUUCUUGCACAGAUCAAGUGUUUUGCUUUAUUCCAUUUAUUUAUUGAUGCUACAUAUGUUUAUCAACAAUUUUGUUCUAAGCCUGGGAAAAUUAAAAUUGCUGAUCAACCCGA